CAUAAUUCAGAACGAAUUCUGCCACGGUGAUAUGCGAAAUUAAGAUUUUGGUUCAACCUCACUUUCAACGACGCCAACCCAGUUUGUUACGAAACUUCCAUUACUAAUCCGUGGGGUCAAGGAGUGUAAAGAUAGUUUUAAUUAAUUCGAGUAUAUAAUCUAAACAUCGUCGACCUUCUACGGCAGUAAUUUCAUUAAAAAACCAGUCGAGAGUAAAAAUUGUAUGACGACGAAGAGCCAGUACCGAUAUAUUUGCGUGCGCUUAUAGCGAUAUUGUCUGGGAAUUACCACAGAUAAUGUGAAUUUUCCGAACGGGUCGAAUAUUUAAGUACUAUCAAUUAAACAACAUUAACAUCAUUGUCGUGUCGGCCAUUCAAGAAAGUGUUUGUGCUGCCUUGAACGCCACAAUGAGUUUCGGUGCGUUUCUAUUAUGGGGCCUCCUUUUGGUUGUGCCUAUUAUUUGUGCUCCAUUGAAUGAUGAUCAGACUUUGGUUGUGAGUUCAACGGCGCCUUCUUCUGGAUCACGAGGAGAUAAGGAGGGCAAAGCUCAUGCGAUACCAGCAGUCCCCCAGAUAUACCAAAUGCGGAUAAGGUCAGAUAUUAGGAACCGUUUUGCUAACACCACCAUCACCAGUCGAGUCAGAAAUUAUGGAAGCAAGGCGCAGGAGGCCGUUUUCUCGGUGGUUCUGCCAGAACAGGCGUUUAUCUCAGGGUUUGUCAUGGAAAUCGCCGGUAAGAACUAUACAGCCUACGUGAAAGAGAAGGAGGAAGCCAAACGAAUUUACGACGAGGCCGUAAUGAGCGGCAUUGGAGCGGCCCACGUUGCAGUUAGCGCACGUGAUUCCAAUACAUUUAGCGUGUCAUUGAACGUCGAAGCUGAAGCAAAAGCUUCAUUUUACCUAACCUACGAACAGCUUUUGGAACGACAAGACAGUCGCUACGAGCAAAUCAUAAAUAUCCAUCCAGGACAGCCGGUCAAAGACCUAAGCGUUGAAGUUGUCAUCUCCGAAAGCAGAAAAAUACUUGACCUCAAGGCGCCUCCACUACGCUCCGGAAAUGAAAUCGGCGCAGAAAAGUCCGAACUUGACCCAAGAGCCGAUAUAGAAAUCGUCAACGAUACCUCAGCCAUUGUGCGUUUCGCCCCCAACAUUGAAAGACAAAAGGAAUUGGCGCACGUUUUCGGAAGCGAUGUUGAAAAAGGAUUAGCAGGCCAGUUCGUUGUCCAGUACGAUGUUGAACGGGAUCCUAAAGGUGGCGAAGUGCUAAUUCAAGACGGCUACUUCGUGCACUUCUUCGCCCCAUCCGAUCUAAAGCCCCUACCCAAACAGGUAGUCUUUGUCUUGGACACUAGCGGUAGCAUGUGGGGACAGAAAAUCGAGCAAUUGAGGGAGGCGAUGGACAAGAUUUUGGGCCAGCUAAACGAACACGAUUCGCUCAACUUGGUCGAGUUUAACAGCAACACGAAGGUCUGGGACCUAAACGACGAUAACUCGAGCGUUUGGUACCCUCGCACUAACGACUACUACCUCCACGAUGCUACGCCUGAAGUAAAAUUAGAGGAGGUAGAUUUUCCACCCGCUUAUCCGGCUAACGCGGACAACAUUAAGAAAGCCAAGGCAGCGGUUGCAAAGUUAGUUUCCGACGGGUCAACUGGAAUGUUUGGCGCGCUGGAGGUGGCCUUGCACCUAGUCGAAAUGGGUCGAAAACAGAAUGAUAGCCUCAAGCGACAGCCAAUGGUGAUAUUUUUGACUGACGGAGAACCAACAGAUAAGAGCACCAGCGAAAUUAUUUCAAAAAUUAGCGAGCUCAAUUCGGGGCCACGCAGGGCACCAAUUUUCGCGCUUGCAUUUGGCGAUGGUGCCGACAAGGAUUUCCUCCAAAACUUCGCGCUUCGCAACAAAGGCUUCUCCAGACAAAUCUACGAGGCCUCGGACGCUUCACUCCAACUCCAACACUUUUACCGAGAGAUUUCGUCUCCUUUACUAUCAGGGGUCACUUUCAAGUACGAGGAGUCUGUCACGAGCCUGACCACCACGGAUUUCCCUAUACAUUUCGGAGGAAGGGAAAUUGUUGUUGCCGGUUGGUGUGGAACCGAUCUCCUAACUCCUAUUGUUGACGGUUUUGGAAUUAACGGCGAGAUAUCCCUCAAACCGACUGUAACGAGAUCAGUCUCAAACGUAGAAAGACUAUGGGCUUACUUGAAGAUCAAGCAGUUACUGGAGCAGAAGGAAAUAUCAGAAGUGCCAGAAGAAAUUAAAAAGAAAGCUCUCGAUUUGGCUUUGAAAUACUCCUUUGUCACCUCUGUCAGCUCUCUGGUGGUCGUAAAGCCGAACCAUACCGACACUGUAAACGCUCAAGAAGCAAAACCUUAUGCAGACUUCGACGAAGACGGAAGUAUAGGUUUAAGAAUUAGUGGAAACUACGCCAGCCUCUCCAAGGCGGGUCGACCGAUGCUAGCGUUGUCCGCUGUACCGUAUUCUAACAGGUUUGGUAGCUACGACGAUGAAGUUUGGGAGGAAAGUGAACCGGUACGGACUACCACAAUCCCUGAAAGCGGAGACGAAAGCCCCUUGACAACCUUCCCGUGGCUGAACGAAAUUUUACAUGACGAUCUAAUUAAGACGGCAAAUGGUACUUACAAAGUGGGCGCAAAUGAGACAAUUACCGAUGAGGUGAAGUGUUCGAAGUCACUCACAAAUUUGGAAGGACACUGCACGCUUUUGCACGCAUGUCCUCAAGCUCCUCUGCUGCUGACAUCAGCCCAGGACUUUUUAGACCACUUUUGCGUUUUGAAGAAUGAAUUCGCUGGUGUUUGCUGUCCAAACGAUCCUUAGUUUUAAGGCAGAUAGUGUUCCUAUUUUUUAUAUCUAAACGUAUUAUUCGCGCCAUUAAAUUUUUAUACAAUGUUGA